AUGGCGGCGAGGUGGCGCGAGGCAUGCGACCGCGAGGGUGGCAGUGUACGACACCCUCCGAAGACUAUCAGACACUUGAUUAAGCGCCAGCAUGAGGAGAUUGAAGCUAUACACGAGCGCCAGCAAGCAGAGAAGCGAAAGGGUAGAGGUGUACCCUUACAGGCUUCACCCUCUGUCUCACAGGUAUUCUACGUUGGAAGUCAACCACCAGUACCAUCUCUAGACCAUCCAGCACCCCAAGCCGCUCGCCAGAAGUCCAACAGUCCUAUACCACAAGAGCUUGACAAUGGCGACGGUUAG